GCAAGUUACUGCCAGCACGGUCGUAAUGAACUUCUGGAAAGGGUUGGCGUGAGCGCUGAUGCGGUUGCCCGUGCUGGUGAUGCACUAGCAUUGUCAGAAUCGUCUCUCAAAUUCAUUGCGCCUCUAAGAGUAUGGCUCGAUAUUUCAUUUUUCAUGUCCUAAUUUUAUCUUCUUUUAAUACUACAAAUUUAGUAAGCGUGUACUAUGACACAAUAUUAAUGCUCAGCUUGCUUUCCCCUUAUUCUACAGUGGUAAGCAUGCUUGUAUAUGUACACUCUGAUUAUGAAAACUCAUUCUUCUUCUGUUAGAUGAUGUGUGAAUAGAGUGGAGACAAGUUUGUCAUAAAGGUGAGGGUGGCCAACUCUUCAGGUGCUCGCUUGUAUUUUGUGUUAAGAUGAAGAAGGAAGCUCCAUCUAUCAGUCAAGACCAAGGUCAGCUAAGUCAACGUAAAAUUCAAGACAUGACUCAAAUAAUAAAAGUCAACCAAGCAUAUCUGCAUCUACAAGCCAGUGAACACAUGUCAUUAAUCCAACCGUUCUGUCAGAGUGAGUUAGUAGAAAUUAAGCAACCCGUUCUGCAUGAAUAGUAUAUAGCCUCAAUUAGCAUCUGUAAUUAGAUUAGCUAAGCAUUGUAACAAACACUCAGUGAAAUCUUAAAGUUUGUUUAGCUCUCUCUUUCUCUCUUCCGUUUUCAUCUUCUUCCUCACCUUCACUGGUUCAACGGUUUUGUUCACACCUCCAUAGCCAUUCUUCUUCGCUCUUCUCGAUCUUUCAUCCUCACACCAUGAUUUCUAACAUGGUAUCAAAGCCCAUGGCGGCCUGACCCUUGGUUCAUCAUCAAGUUCUCCGCUGCGAUUCCGAUCGAAAUCCCACGUUCUUCUUCUUCCUCCUUUGUUCUUCAUCUUGUUGUUCAAUUAUCAGUAGAAAUAUCAAAUCUGUUCAAGAAUUAAGCAAAAUCAACAAGAAAAUUGAAUAUAGAAUCAUCAAUUAUCAAGUGAAAGGUCUACUCUCAGAUCUACUCUACUUUGUUCUUGAUUUGUGAAAAUUGGUUCGUGAAUCAAGGUUUGGAGCUAUCUUCAUAGCUUUUGUGUUGCUCAUAUCCUAUUAAGCGUUUGUGGCUGCAUCUUGUGGCUGUUUGUGUUACUCAUCAAAGAUCAUUCUUCAAGAUUCAAUCUUUUUAGAUCAAAGUUCUGAAGAUCAUGGUGUUUCCCACUCAAACUUGCAAUUUCAUGUCAGUCCGAUUAGAUGAGACCAACUACCCGACUUGGGUCUUCCAGAUGCAACAUCACCUCAGAGGUCAUGGUCUCUUAAAGUUUGUGGAUGGCUCUCAUCCCUGUCCACCUCAAUUUCUUGUUGCUGAUGAUGGCUCUCUCAAGAAUAACUCUGUUGCUCGAGAAAAAUGGAUGGAGGAAGAUAGUUUUGUUAUUUCUGUGAUUAUCAUUACACUCUCUCCGGACGCUCUUACUUUAGUCGUUGGCUGUUUGACAUCAAUGGAGGUAUGGCUUACUCUUAAACAAAGAUAUGCUAGUACUUCAGAGUUGCAUAUUAUGAAAUUAAAGUCUACGUUGCAAAGUAUUCAGAAGGGUUCUGACUGUAUAGAAAAAUAUUUGCUGAAAUUUAAGAGUGCUAGAGAUCAAUUAGCUUCUGUUGGUGUUACAAUAUCAGAUCAUGAUGUUAAAGGUUUGAUUCUUGCUGGUCUUCCUAUUGAAUAUGGUCCCACUAGACAGAUUAUCAGAGGCAAAAAUGAUAUUGGAAUGGAGGAAGUUAGGUCUUUGUUAUUAUCUGCUGAGUAUGAGAUUGAAUUAAAGCAUAAUGCUUUGUCAUUAUCCUCUCUUGCUGCUAUGAUUGCACAAAAUAGUCUUGCCAAUUCCUCUCAAAGUAUGCAAUAUGGGAUACCAAGUACAGGGACAUCAUCUCCAAUGGAUCAUAUUAAUGAUAUGCAAAAUGGCUAUUAUAAUAGUAUCCUUCAUGUGCUCAAUGGUGCUGCAAAUCCAAGUCUUGGUGUAUCUCAGUCUGCAUUUAUGAUGAAUAAUGCUCAAGCACCACAAAAUGGUUUCAAGCCAACAUCAUUCACCGGCAUGAAUCAAAUGUCAGUUAAUAACCCACAUCAGUCUACAUACGGUUUCAUGGCUCAAAAUGGUGCUGCAUACGCUCAUUUGACAACUGGGACUUCUCGUCCCUCUCAGCCUCCAUCUCCGAAACAAUUGAGAAGUGAAGUGGCUUCAUCCACAUCUAGUGUGGCAGCUCAUGCUUAUGAAGUAAAGACAAUAGGCUAUUCAAAUGGUUCUGUAAUUAAUCCCAACGCAGUAUCUUACCAUGGCGCACUGCAGGAAGAUUUACUCAGUAUGGGGAAACGGUACCAGAGUUCAAAUAAAGGCAAAGUUGAACAUGGAGGCUCAAAUGAGGAAUUUGAUUCAAACAGCUUUCCAGAAUCUAGGAAUUAUGUUGUAGGUCCAGGUGUAGGAGUUGCUGGACGGGAAAAUGGUCACUUAGUUUCUCAUUCCGGAGUAGGGACUGCCUUUUGUCCAAGCCCUCAGAAUAGCUUAUAUUCUGCUGCCCCCACUCUAUAUUGUGAAGCCAAACAGAGUUUUACCAAUACAGAAGUCAAUGAAUGUACAAGCAGCAUUGAGAAGUCUGCUGAAACUGAAAGUGAGUUCACUAAUUCCUGUGAGCUGAUUGAGAGCAGAAAGACCAGUAUGUAUAGAGGUAGCACUGGAAGUGAUGUUAGUGAUAAGAGCAGCUCCAGGAGUUUGAACAAUAACAUGUACCAGCCCCACAAGGCGAAUGCUGGAAGUUGGGAAGCAAUUCAAGUUGUCCAAGAUCAUGAUGGGAUGCUGGGUUUGAAUCAUUUCAAGUUGUUGAACAGUAAACACAAUACUCAAGGAGUCGGGUUGUCACAUCUCAAAAACAAGAAAGUUGAUUUGUCUGCUACAAAAUCAAAGCAGAAUAUCGGUUCAUGUUCUAGUGAUGGAUCAGAGGAGAAAGAAAAUAGUGACUUGAAUAAGGAUGCUGCAGAAAACAAGGCAUUUAUCCCUGCAUAUUCAAUUCCCUCUAAAUGGCAACCAGCUAUACUCAAAGAAAUUGACACUUUGUUCAUACAAGGCGCGUGGCAGCUUCCUUGUACUUCUGUUGAAAGACCUCUACUGAACUGUAGGCAGGCUUAUCGACCCAUGCAGCUAUGGCAAUUACCACUCAUUCCUCCUGGUUGAAACUAUUAUCAAAGGACUCUGUUGCAAACUAGUUCUUGGUUCUCCAAGUACUAGUUUGAGGGGGGAUGUUAAGAUGAAGAAGGAAGCUCCAUCUAUCAGUCAAGACCAAGGUCAGCUAAGUCAACGUAAAAUUCAAGACAUGACUCAAAUAAUAAAAGUCAACCAAGCAUAUCUGCAUCUACAAGCCAGUGAACACAUGUCAUUAAUCCAACCGUUCUGUCAGAGUGAGUUAGUAGAAAUUAAGCAACCCGUUCUGCAUGAAUAGUAUAUAGCCUCAAUUAGCAUCUGUAAUUAGAUUAGCUAAGCAUUGUAACAAACACUCAGUGAAAUCUUAAAGUUUGUUUAGCUCUCU